AUGCCGUCAAUCCUCCGGGCCUCACACACUCUCCACUAUGGCUGCGCUUUUGCUGCUAUAAUCUUCGCUUCUACCAUCACUGUCACGGAUGCCAUACGCGCCAGGCCCAGCAAAACUCCCAUCCCUCGCUACUAUGGAAGAUUUGCUAUUAUUCUCCUUCUUCUUGCGUACCUGGGCGAGGGUAUAGCCACCAUUGUUCAGCGGAGUGAACAGAGUCAAGAAGCGCACACAGUUCAUCUAGUUGUGCUGAUGUCUGUCUGGUCGUUUAUCUGGAGCCGACAAAACCUGCCUCGUUUUCUCAUUUCAGGAUCAUCGCUCAUCACGCUUGCGUUUGAGAUACCAUUGUUGGUCUUCUCAUCACGCGGCAAUCUACAAGGCAAUAGUUCCAUUAUCCUUCUCGCUUGUCAAGCGUCCAGAAUUCUACCGCUUUCAUUCCUCGCAAUUUACCAUCUCUUCAGUGGCGGUCGACAUUAUGACGUCGACUGUGACACAGAAGAAUCACAACCUUUUCUACACACAAACGAAAAUACCGAUUGUCCGGCUUACGGCACCGAGAAUACUUCUCCAAACCUAGACUACGAUGACGCCGAUGGGUAUUCUCAGGGCAGCGAUUCCGAAGAUGACGUUGUCGAUAUUAAACGUGAGCGAGCAAAGAGACUCAAGGAGAAGGGAGGUUGGUGGGGAUAUCUCUCCGACUUUUCCAUCUUUCUCCCAUUCCUGAUUCCAAAGAAGGACCGCAAGGUUCAACUCUGCAUCUUGGUCUGCUUGGUCUGCAUUGUCGCUACCCGAGCCUUCAAUGUCUUGGUACCUCGUCAGCUUGGUAUAGUGGCAGACCAACUGCUUGCAAAGCAGAACCCUUUCAAGGCACUUGUGGUCUGGCUUCUACUGAGUCUUGUCUCACAUGACGUUGUUAUUGGUGCGAUUGAGGCUUUGGCCAAGAUCCCAAUCAAGCAGUUCUCAUACCGCUCACUCACGAAUGCUGCAUUCAAUCACGUUCUGUCCCUACCAAUGGAGUUCCACUCAGAGCGCGACUCAGCAGAAGUGAUGAAGGCUAUUGAGCAAGGCGAAGCCUUAACCAACGUGUUGGACAACGUAGUCAUCGAGCUUCUACCAACAUUCGUGGACCUGAUUAUUGGUGCCGGCUUCUUGUACUGGAAAUUCAACAGUUAUGUCGCCCUUGCAAUGGCCAUCUCAGCCGUCAUCUUCAUCACGUUCGAGGUACAAGCUACCAGCUGGAACCUGGAUAACCGUCGAGAGUCGUCCAAGUCAAAGCGAGAGGAGACCCGAGUUAUGCACCAAGCGGUUCAAGGCUGGCAGACCGUCACUUACUUCAACAUGUUCAGCUAUGAAAAACAACACUUUGGGGGUUCUGUUGAGAAGCAGCUCUCUGCUGCCAAGAGUUGGGAAAGACGUGAUGCUUUAAUUCAGGCAGCACUUGAGGGUAUCGUACCUUGCGCAUUCUUCACGCUGGCAACGCUUAUCAUCUACGAUAUCUCGCAAGGAGGGUCCUCCCCUGGCGACUUUGUAUUUUUCAUCCAGUACUGGGAGUACUUGAUCUGGCCACUGAAGUUCCUUUCUCAUCAGUAUCGAUACCUCAUGUCGGAUCUGGUAGAUGCUGAACGGCUGCUGUUUCUUCUCCAGACAAAACCUAGCAUCACAGAUAAAGAAGGGGCUCUAGAUCUGGAGAAGGUCCAGGGACGUGUUGCCUUCAAUCACGUUGGUUUCUCUUAUGAUCCUCGCAAGCCAACCAUCCAAGAUGUUUCGCUAUCAGUUGAACCAGGACAGACUGUGGCAUUAGUGGGAGAGACUGGAGCAGGCAAGUCCUCCAUUAUGAAGCUUCUCCUUCGCUUUUACGACAUCAACGAGGGCUCCAUUACUAUUGAUGGACACGAUAUCCGUGAUAUCACUCUCAGCUCUUUAAGAAAUGCCCUCGGAGUGGUCCCCCAAGAUCCGCUCCUCUUCAACGCCUCGAUUCUCGAAAACAUGCGCUACGCCCGUCCUUCUGCCACUGAUGCAGAGAUCCACAACGCCUGUCGUGCUGCGGCCAUUCACGACAAGAUUCUUAGCUUUGUUGAUGGAUAUAACACGGAGGUAGGAGAACAAGGCGUCAAGUUGUCAGGUGGAGAAAUCCAAAGACUAGCUAUUGCUCGAGUCUUCUUGAAGGACCCUCCAAUUCUCAUUCUCGAUGAGGCCACGAGUGCAAUUGACACAAACACCGAAUCAAGUAUUCAAGCUGCAUUGGAUGAGUUGAAGCGUGCGAGAUCGACCUUUGUCAUCGCCCAUCGGUUAUCUACCAUUGUCAAUGCAGACAGGAUUCUAGUGGUUCAUGAUGGUCAAGUGGUUGAAUCAGGCACUCACACUGAACUGAUCUCAAUAGACGGACGAUAUAAGGCAUUAUGGAACAAGCAGGUUGGGAGCAAAUAG